AUUGAAAAAGGUUCUGCUUCUUUCUGAGCUAACACCUCAUUCAUUAUACACACACACUUUCUCUCUCUCCCAAUCUCUCUCUCUCUCUCUCUCUCUCUCUCUCUCUCUCUAAGUUUAAGGUGGUUGGGUUGCGUUAUUCUCUCAUCGUUAUCUGCCACGGUCGCCGGAAUGUGGAAACCACGCGCUCUUCCCGGCGCACUCGCUCUGCUUCUUCUUCACUCGCUCCUCCUAGUCUCUGCUCAGAGAUCUGAAUGGAAAACACUCAACGGAAGUCCACCGAAGGUCAUAGCACGUGGUGGGUUUUCAGGGUUAUUUCCCGAUUCCAGUGAACUUGGCUAUAAAGUGGCACUUGACACGAGUGUGAAAGGUGCCAUUCUAUGGUGUGAUGUGCAAUUAACAAAAGAUGCAGUUGGGCUUUGCCUUCCAGACAUGAACCUUCAAAAUUCUACUUACAUAACAUUUUAUUUCAAAAACUCUAGUAAAACUUACCUAGUUAAUGGCAAAUCGACCACUGGCUCUUUUUCUAUAGAUUUCACCUUCAAGGAUAUAUCUGAAGUCAUCUUGACUCAGGGAGUGUACUCUCGGACGAACCGGUUUGAUGGCAGAUCUUUUCUAAUUCUUAGGGUUGAUGAUAUACCUCCUGCAGUAAACCAAACAAACCCACUCUUGUGGUUGAAUAUUCAGCAUGAUCAAUUCUACACACAACACAAUUUGAGCAUGAGGAGCUAUGUACUUUCAGUAGCUAGAAGAGUACCUAUCAGUUAUAUCUCAUCUCCGGAGGUUGGUUUUCUGAGAAGUAUUACAUCACGCUUCAACCCAAAAACUACAAAACUAAUCUACAGGUUCCUGGAAGAGGAUACAAUAGACCCAUCAGUCAAUCAGACUUAUGGUUCCCUCAAGAAGAAUCUUACAUUUAUCAAGACGUUUGCUUCUGGAAUUCUUGUUCCCAAGGGAUACAUUUGGCCUGUAGAUGCAAGUCUUUAUCUACAACCACACACCUCUUUGGUCUCGGAUGCACAUAAAGUGGGGCUUGAAGUUUUUGCAUCAGAUUUUGUGAAUGAUGUUCCGUUUAGCUUUAACUAUAGCUAUGAUCCUGUUGCUGAGUACCUACAGUUCAUCGAUAAUGGUGACUUCUCUGUUGAUGGUGUGCUAUCUGAUUUCCCCAUAACUCCAUCUGCAGCUGUAGAUUGCUUUGCUCACCUAGGCCCCAAUGCUACAAAAACAGAUAAAAAAACUUUGGUUAUCUCAAAAUAUGGAGCAAGCGGAGAUUAUCCACCUUGUACAGACUUGGCAUAUAAACAGGCCAUACUUGAUGGUGUGGAUGUUUUAGAUUGUCCUGUUCAAAUGUCACGGGGAGGAACACCCUUUUGCUUAAGCUCCAUUGAUCUUAUAGAGAGUACAAAUGUUGCUAUAUCAAGCUUCUCAAAGAAUUCCAUUGCCAUCCCUGAGAUCCAGUCUGACCCUGGCAUAUUUACGUUCGACUUGUCAUGGGAUGAUAUCAAAAGCCUGUCCCCCCAAAUAUUGAACCCUUACUCAAAGUACAGAUUGUUCAGGAAUCCAAAAUUUAAGAGUUCUGGGACAUUUUUAACAUUAUCAGAUUUCUUGUCCUUGACAAAAAACCAGACUUCUCUAUCAGGUGUCAUGAUCAUUGUUGAGAAUGCAGCCUAUCUUGCAGACAAGCAGGGACUAAGUGUGACUGAUGCAGUCAUUGAUGCUUUGAGCAAAGCAGGAUAUGAUAAACCAGGGGCCCAAAAAGUUUUUAUUCAAUCAACUAAUAGCUCUGUGCUGCAGAAGUUCAAGGAGAAAACCAAAUAUGAGCGUGUCUACAAGGUUGAUGAGACCAUAGGCGAUGCGGCUAUUGCAGCUGUUGAGGACAUAAAAAGCUUUGCUGGAUCUGUGGUUGUCAACAAGGAGUCUGUGUAUCCUCUCAGCCUUGGCUUCGCAACGGGCGCUACAAGGACCAUAUCAAAGCUGAAAGCUUCUAACCUCUCUGUUUUUGUGGAAACAUUCAGCAAUGAGUUCGUGUCUCAGGGGUGGGAUUUCUUCUCAGAUGCAACUGUGGAGAUCAACACAUAUAUUCAGGCAGCAGAAAUUAAUGGUGUCAUCACAGAUUUCCCUAAAACAGCUGAUCGAUACAGAAGGAACAAAUGCUUAAAUUUUAAAAACAUACCUUCUUACAUGGAACCUGUUUCACCGGGUGAUCUUCUUACAAUCAUUACCACAGAUUCACUGCCUCCUGCUCAGGCUCCACUCCCACCCUUGACAGAAUCUGAAGUGACAGAGGCACCUUUGCCUCCUGUUGUUGCUAAGAUAGCCCCGGCUUCUAGCCCUGGUGCUGGAACCAAGUCACCUCCGGGUAACGCGCAGCCUAAGGUCACUGUCUGCUUCUUCUUCUCCAGCCUGGCUGUGUUUGUGGCUUCUCUUCUUCUGCUUUGAGUGAACUCAUCUCCUCAAAAAAAGAAACAAAAGAGUUGCAUUUUGUGGUUUCAACCCUCUAUUUCCUACGAUUUCUAGGAUUAAGUGGCAUGAAGCUUUUAGCUUCAGUCUGCACUGAAUAUUCCACAUUUUUUUUCUCUUAACUUAGAAGGAGCAAAUUCUUUCCCUUAUUAUUGGUUGUAGCUAUGCAUGUUCAUUCUUGGGGUUGUACUAUGAGCACAAAAAUACUGAGUGGUAUAUAUCUAUGAAUUCAUUUUAGAUGUGUAUUUUCUAUUUUC